UCCUCCAUGGUCAAAUCGUCGCUACCGAGAGAGACAGAUAUAUAGAUAUCCUAUCACCGUCAAAUCGUGGCUAGAUGGAAAGAGAGAGAGAGAGAGAGAGAGAGAGAGAGAGAGAGAUGGAGAUUGGAGUUCGGCUGUGGUGGUGCUGCCUCUUUUUCAGCUUCGCCUUCGUCUGUUUCGCCGGAAACUCCAUUUCUUUCCAAGGAGAGAAGAUGGCGGUGGUUGUGGAUGCGGCGGAGGCGAGGUCUCUGAGAGUGGAAGUGGACGACUACGGGGAAGCUUCGGCGAACCACGGCCACGACCCCAGGGCCAAAGGAGGUGCCGGAUUUAGCGACGGCGGCCGGAGAAACCGCGAUAUUCCCUGAUUCUUAUUUGGUGCGAUAUACAUGUAUUGAGUUUCAAUAGCAGCUCCCUGUUACGAUAUUGUGCAACUUGGCAUGAUUCUGUCGACAGGGUGUGAGUUUUCUUGGUUGAGACUUAAAUAUUUGUUGGGCCUUUGAGGUGUUAUUGGUUGAGUUAGGUAGGUAGGUAGGUAGUGUGUUUUCUUGUUUGUUGGGCCUUUGAGGAGGUAUUAUUAUUGGUUGAGUUAGGCAAAGGCUAAUUAGGCUCAAGCGUUUGUUUGUUUUGAUUUGAAGAUGACCUAAAUAGAAUACUGACAUUGCUAUAUGAUUCGGAGUUGUUGGGCUAUUUGUUAUAUGGUUAAUUUUUGCGUAAAAGUGUUUAUAUACAA